AACACGUGUCUCAAAAGCAUGGAGUAGUCACUGGGAUGUUUUCUACGCCAUAGAGGAAUUCAUCAGUCAGUCUAAAAAAAAUAUUGAGCUAAAUUCUUCAUAAUUGAAAUAUUUCCAUACCGUACUUAAGUUUGUUAUAUUUUAGCUAUAUUUAGCUUACAUGAGAAGUAUAGCAAAGAAAAUGAUGAAAAAAUUCACCCACUACUCGGCCAAUCCCCUGCAUUGGGUAUGAGCCAUGAGAGGAGGAGUAGAGCAGAUUGCUUGUAGAUGGUGUUGUAAGCAUUCGCAAGAUGGAUGACGCCGCUGAGCAAGCAGUUCGCCGGAGGGAAAUCAGGAGAAAGAAGAUAUUGGAAAACUCUGAUGCUCGAUGGAUGAAAAUAAUGGGUCAAGAGAAGCACCGUAGUCAAGAUGCUCCAAAAGAGGCAAGCAUUCCUGCACAGAUAUCAACAAAGGAGCAACCCCUGACAUCAUCUGACACUAGAUAUACAAGCUUAGGAGAGCAAACAAGGGUGUCUUACUCACUUGGUGAUGUAAGUGUUGACACCAUCGCACCAUCACAGUUCUUGUCUGAAGAUAUCUCUGGAACUGUAGGUGACAGCACCGUGGGUGGCUCCCGGUUUUCACAAACACGCACAAGGUCUUUGGAUGAAACAGCAGCAAAUGGAGCACCACGACUAGCAUGCUCGCAACGGUCAGCUUCGUACUCAUUCCCCAAGAAAGUGUCAGAUACAGAGUCACGGUCUUAUGCCCGUUGCCGGUUGGACAGUCGAGGUCCUGAUGAAGGGACGUUGAGCUGGCUUUUAGAGCUGCUGGGCCCCUGUGGCCCAAGCCUGGUGCGAGCCUGGCUACUGGGACUUGUGGCUACAUGCACACGGCUCUGGUUGGCUGUGGGUGCUGCAGCUCUGGGUGGCCCACAGACAAUGCUUCUUCCUUUCUGCCUUUUGGAAGCCGCGAUGUACAGCUACAGCAAAUUCAGCGCGAAACCCAGCAUUUCACAGUGGUCUGUACGUUCUACAUCUGCACCGCUUGCUUUCCUGGCUACAGCUUUGGUUCUUUGUGGUGUUUCCCCAAAGGCCUCAUCAAGCACCACGGCCUGCUUGCAGCUUGUGUCUGAUGUGGUGCUGGACCUGAUGGUGUACACCUUUUCAUUUGUUGUUUUUCAUGUAAUUUUGGACGAUUGGGUUGGCUGAGCAUUGCAUCUGAAAAGUGCCAAGAAGUAAAUCUAAACUGCACAGCUCAUUGUUGAGGCCAAGGAACAAACUGCAUCAUUGUGCCCCCUGUACAUCUGGGUUUAUCCUGUCUUACACCACCACAGGCCGAGGUGAUGUCUGUGCUGUGUUGCGGCAGAACUUGACUUGCAGGUGAACACCCCCGAGAUGAUGUUUUUGGCAGCCAUGUUUGUGAGUGUGCCAGUUGUAUGUUACGACUCCAAAAGUAUGUGUGCUUGCAGCAAGUGGUACAGCAUAGUAGCUGGUUAAUGUACAGCUGCUGUUAUGAGGAUUGUUGCUGAGCAUUUAUUUUUCUUAUGCUAAAAAAUUUACAUGUGUUUGGAUUGUGUUUGGAUAAUGUCAGCAGCUAGUCACUGUUUCUCUCUGCAUGAAUAGAAAAAAAAAUUGCAACUUCCCAGUGUGUUCCAAAGACUUUAUAUGCCAACUUAAUGUGGAUGAUGACCUUGUCUGUUUCAUUUGGGCUACAAUGUUCCAGAAAACACGAACCCCAAUUUAUCCAAAAGAUUGACAGCAUCAGCUGAGGGGUAAUGGUUGUAGUAAUGAACAAAGCUGCUGACAUGAUUUCUUCACACCUUUAUUUUUGCACAAAUGAGAUUGUGUGCCAUUUUAAAGAUGAGUUUCUGAUCAUUUUCAUUUGCUCUGUAUAUACUGUAAAUAACUGUUCUUUUUGCAUCAUGCAGAAUGGUUAUUUUGGAGUGAAAUAGGAAAAUAUGUUGGAACACGAGAGUAGUUAUGCUUUGUUCACUUGAUUUUAUCACCUGAUUCUAAGUAAUUUUUUCCAUUCUAUGCUGUAACUUUGAAGUGUACUUAUCCUUACAGGCAGCUUCCAGCAGAAUGCAGUGUGCUGGACCAGCAACAUUAAAAAAUAUAGAAUUCAUAACAUACAUUCAUAUAUUUCAGGAAAUGCCAGUUUGCUUUCAAAAUGCAAGUUUUCUAUUAAGUGCUGAAGCAUUCCCUAGAGAAAUUUACCCUGAAACAAAUAUGCAUAGAGUGGCAGUUAAAUGCUCACUCAUACAAAUGGUUUACUUGCAUUCCUAGUGCUUGCACCUUUUUGAUUUGGAAUAAAUGUUGAAAAUGGACAAAAUAUUGCCUACAAAUUUCUGAGAAUUCGGUAAAUAAAUGAAUGCAGAAUUGAAUGAAGACGCUUGAAUUGUUUUCAGUAGGACAACAAAAAGAUCAUUUUUAAAGAAUCUUAGCCUAUGCUACUUCGCUACAUUUAAAGCUUCUGAUAUAAAGUAGACUCAGUAAACAAAACCUGAAAGGACCGCGAAAAUAUAUUCCAUUUAACAGGUGUUUCGUUUACUGAGGGGUGAACAUUAGUGUAGAAUACAAGCCCGAAACCAAGCAUUGCAGAGGAAACAGUUCCGUUUAAGCAGUAGUUCAGUUUAACAGAUUUCUGUUUACUGAGAGUCCAUUCAAAUUUACUGCUAAACUGGUGUCAUUUUCAGUGCCGUGAUGGGGGACCAAUUGAAAGAAAACUUUUACAGCCAGCUGAAUUAAAAAUCUGUUCUAUAAUGGUUUAACAUUUACUACAGUUGAAAAGAUAAUGUCUAAAAAUUAAUGAUACAAUAAUAAGCUAUAUUAAAUUAGCAGAUUUAUAUAGUCUUGGUUUAAAUGGUGCAAUUAAAAUCAUUAAGUAUGAGUUAAUAAUAUAAAAAAGGAUAAAAAUGAGUCCACUGCAUUUUGGUAUGCAGAUCCUGUACAUUCUCAAUAAUAUGUAGGCCAGUUGUAUUAACAUCUUAGUACAAUGAAUGUGGUAAAACUUUCUUAAAUUUUUUCUCGUUUGAUAACCUGUAUAUUAUUUAUAAGGCAGGACAUAUGAUGUGAAAUUGUCACAGCUGUGAUUUUGUGUUGUGUGUGUGUGUGUGUUGUGUAUUUGUGUGACAUGGUUAAACCUCUUAAAAAUAUGGUGCUCUACAUUGUGAGGCCAUGUUAUGUAUGUUAGUUACCUCUAUUUAUUGGAAAACAUAGUUUUAUUUAAUAUUUUUUAAAGCCAUUUCUGUGUGUUGCAAUAGUGUGAAAAAAAGCUCACAAAGAUCUGAACUGCUUCAGUUGCAGUGAUUGUCUAGUGCAAAGUAACUGCUGUAUGUGUUAUUUUUUUUAAUGAAGAAAAGGGGAAAGGAAUUGAUGUAAGCACCAUUCCAAGCACAGAAAGAAGGGUGCAUGUGUCUUCAGGCAGCAAGCAUAGUGGCUAAAAGGGGCCCCUCAACACUUUUCAAGCCCCCGUCAUUUAUUUGAGGGUAACACAGACUAAUAGUUGGCAGUGCCUAUAGCCUAAACAAACAAAUCAUUAUUAAAAAUUUAAUAUUUUAAUCAUGCAAAGAAAUCACUACAUCGCUGUCAACUGCAUCAUCACUUUGUGGUUUGUACAAAGGAUUUCUGGCAGUCACUAAGUGCUCAUUCGCAAGUGGUUAAGAGCAAAAGUUGCAAACAUAAUCACUUUACUGCUGUAAAGCCUUUCUUUAGACUUGUUUUACUGUAUUUCCUAUACUUUUUAUGCUAAUGCAAGCAGAUACUGUCCUGAAAGAAAGAAAAUAUGCAAGAGAAGCAGCAGCUCUGCUACAAAACACUGUAGGGGUGCUGGCAGGCUUUAGCCUGUGGCCUCUGCACGUGUAAAAAUAUUCAUUUGAGGUGUCUAUGCCAAAUCUUCUCUUCUCGCUUGUGUGCCCUGGUAGCCUUGUUUCACAUGUACUAUAGAUUUCUAAGGGUUAUUCAAGAGGCUAACCUCCCUCGACGCAUUGUUCUUGUUUCACUCUUUUUCUUAGAGUGUGGUACCACAUUGUUUAUUACUAUAACAACGAUGUGACUGGUGCACUGGGUGGAACAGGCAAUUAUGGGGCCCUAACAUUUGUUGUGCAGGCACUUUCAGCUCUGCCAUUGGCAUUGUAACAUUCUGUAGUGGGCAAGGCAGGGGGGGGGGGGAGGUGGUCCUUUAAAGUUUGAUUUGUGGGCAGUUUUUUUUUAAAUUUCACUUUGGGGGAGGGGAUUUUUUAGAGUAAUAACUUAGGACUGUGUGUCCCUAUUGGGGCCAUUCUUGUUGUAUUAAUCUGUACAUCUUUUACUUUCACACUACAGAAUUUACAAAUAAAAAAAAAAGUACCUGCC